AUGGUUCUCAAAGUCGCAGUCAUUGGAGGUGGUCCAUCAGGUCUCGUGACUCUGAAGUACUUGUUAGAAGCACGCAAGUUCUUUGCGGGCGCGAAUAUCGAGGCGCACUUGUUCGAGAAGGCGGAAGACGUUGGUGGUAUCUUUAGUUACAGGGUUUACGAGGACGCCGAGCUUGUCUCUUCGAAAUAUUUGACAACUUUCUCCGAUUUUCGUGUCCCUGAGCACGAGAAAGACUUUCUAACACCUAAGAGAUACGUCGAAUAUCUGAAAUCGUACGCAACAAGGUUUGCUCUGUGGGAUCAUAUCCAUCUUUCGACAAAGGUCACUUCCAUCAGACCAGACCCGACAAGCACAUCACAACAUGUGCUUACGACAUCUGAUGCCCAAGGCCAAGUACUUGUAGAGCACAAAUACCAUGCCGUCGCGAUAUGUAGUGGUCUGAAUCAGGAUCCUUUCAUACCGGACAUUCCAGGACUCAAUGCGUCUUUAUUUACCUCCGACGAGAAAGGACAAAAUCAAAAUCCACUUUACAAGCCCGGCGUCUCCAAUUAUGCUGGGAUCGAAACGUUGCACGCUGCUGACUUUAAGACCCGUUCUCAAUUCGGCACAGACAAGACCAUCCUGAUUUUAGGCGUCGGUGAGACAGCCAUGGACAUUGCGCAUUUGGCCAUCACAUCACCCACCGAGCGGGUCAUACUAUGCCACAGGGACGGCUUCCACCAUGCGCCAAAGAUAAUCCCUCAGCCAUACCGUGCGGGCGGCCGCAGCGGGGGCCCCGACCCAAAUAACCCGAACAAGCCCCUCGACUGCGCAACUGCGUCCCUGUUCGACACAGCAUAUGUCCCGCAGGUAGUGCAGCACGGACCCUGGCAGUGGGCAGUUUACGAUGCGUUCGUGACUAAUAUGGGGUGGAUGAUAUCUGGCACCCGUGUCGGAUUCGACCAGUGGGUUGGAGGCGUGAGCUCCAAGCGGUUGCAUACCGACUCGCUUCUGAUCUGCAAGAGUGACAGGGCAAUGCCUUACAUAUCGGAGCAGUACCGGAGUAAGUCGAGGUUGAAUCGAUGGCGAACCUGGCUGCUGAACAUGGAGCUGAGGCCCACUGGCGGAAAGAAGAUUGAUCUGGCUCCCUGGCCAACUCAUGUUGAUGGGGAGGGUGUGGUACAUUUCGAGAGGAAUGAGCGGCCUGAGUCAGAGAAGAUGAGGAGAGAGAAGGGUAUCAAGCCUGACAUCGUCAUUUUCGCGACUGGGUAUAAGCAGUCGUUCCCGUUCGUCCCCAAUGCCGAAGCAUACCCGUCACUGGAUGCGUCAGUGACCAGGGGCAUUUUCCGAGACAUUGACGAUGGCAUCGCAUACAUCGGCUUCGUUCGACCAGCUUUUGGUGCUAUCCCGCCACUUGCAGAGCUCCAGGCUCAGCAUUGGAUAUAUCACCUCAUCACCAGCUCCAAGUACCGCACGUAUUUGUCACCUAGCUUCAAGCCUCCUCAGCGUUCUCACGAUGCCGUGGAACAAUACGAGAUGUCGUACAAGCUCAACUGCCGUGAUAAAGAUCAUGACGUUGCUGUCACGAAGCGCGGUGUUGACCAGGAGAGCUACGCCUAUCAGCUCGCACUCGACAUGGGGUCUGCGCCGACAUGGAUCCACAUCCUCCGGACGUUCGGGCGCGAGGUGUUUUUCACUUGGGCUCUGGGCCCAAACUUCCCGACCAAGUUCCGCAUCGUGGGGCCGUGGGCUAACGAAGAUACUGCGCAUGAGGCCGCUAGGUUGAUGAGGGCAGACGGUGAGCUCGGAAAGCUUGUGGGAAGGACCGGGGGAGCGGUUUUCUUCUUCACCUAUACCCUCAUUCCGCUGAUUAUAUUCGCGCCAAUCAGCAUUUUCAUGAACACCCUGAAUUGGCUUUUAAUGGUGUUGCAUUUAACAGCCGGUAAUGGUCCCAACCUUGCCCGCUCGGAUCUGCAUGGGCUGCUUCCCCAGGGCGUACAGCAUUUGGAGACUUCAGUUCACAUGUCCGACUACAGUUCAGUAUACCGUGACGUUAGCGCUGCCGCGUGUGCUGUGACACCAACCAGCCACCACAACGGCUGGUAG